AUGCAACGCCCCGAGGCACCCUCAAUUGAGAUAGAACCGAUCCCCAAUGUAGCAGGAACUGGCAACAACCGCCUCACAUAUUGGGACGCGCCAUCGGGGGCUCCAGGGUCUCAGUAUGAACCCAAAGAACCCGUAGGGCUCUGGUCCGUCGGCGGGAGUACCACCGUCUCUCUCUCCGGAAACCAAGCCACUCUCUCAGACGACGACGGAACAAGAUGGCAGUCCAGCCUGCUCCGGCACCUGAACGCUAAGAUAGACACGCGGCACACGGACCUUUUGCUUAUCAUCUGUGGGUUUGUGAGUGGCCUCGUGGACGGACUGUCCUUCAACGCCUGGGGGAGUUUCUCCAGCAUGCAAACAGGGAACACUGUCUUCAUCGCCCUGGGCGCAUCCGGACAACCCGCAUAUCCCGCCUACCUAUGGGCCAAGUCCCUGAUCGCCCUGAGCGUGUUCAUCACAGGCAACAUCCUCUUCAUCAGGGUCUCCCGAGCCCUUGGCGCGCGUCGCCGAUGCACCCUGAUCCUCUCCUUUACCGUGCAGAGCGCGGCCCUCCUGGCCGCCGCCCUGCUCGUCCAGUUCCGAGUCGUAAGCCCGCGGCCCGAAGACCCGCGCGCCCCCAUCCAGUGGAUGCAGGUGCUCCCGAUCUCGCUGCUGUCGUUCCAGGCCGCGGGGCAGAUCACCACGUCGCGCAUCCUGGAAUUCGACGAGCUCCCGACCGUCGUGCUCACCACGCUGCUGUGCGACUUGCUGGUGGAUCCGGAUCUGGCCGCCGCCUGGAAGGCCAACCCGAGGCGCAAUCGGCGGGCAGGCGGGUUCCUGGCCUUGUUCUUGGGCGCCAUGACGGCCGGUGGGCUCUCGAAAGUUACUGAAAUGGCUGCGAGUUUGUGGCUUGCGAUGGGGGUGAAGGUGCUCAUUACGGUGUCUUGGUUUGUGUGGAAGGCGGAGCAGCGAAGGAAGGGCCCCGGGCUGGGAGAUGUCUGA